AUGGGGAAUCGAUUUAUUUGCAUGACGAAGAAGGAAAAUGGGAGGAAUGUAAUAGGGUCAAUGAGUAAAGGAAUGGAGAGAUCGAAGAGGAGGUCGUUAGUAGAAGAGGAGUUAUUGCAUAGACAAGCUUUGUCAAUGGCAAUUCAGCAGCAUCAGUUGUCUCAAAGAUUUGAGGGGUCAAUUUCCAGACGUAUUGGAUCCACUACUUCUCGCCGUCGCACUGAUUUGUCUGAAUCCAAUUCUAAGCAGUUACCAGAAUUUUUGGAGAGCAUCAAAACAAAGAAGUUCAUUUUGGUACAUGGGGAAGGAUUCGGAGCUUGGUGUUGGUACAAAACUAUUGCUCUAUUGGAGGAAACAGGAUUGCUUCCCACAACCAUAGAUCUCACUGGAUCUGGGAUUGAUCUGACAGAUACAAAAGAUGUUACAACACUGGCGGAGUACUCAAAACCAUUGAUUGAUUAUCUGGAAAACUUGCCUGAGGAUGAAAAGGUAAUUUUGGUAGGUCACAGUAUUGGAGGUUCUUGUGUUUCCUAUGCCUUGGAGCUUUUCCCACAGAAAAUUGCGAAAGCAAUAUUUAUUUGUGCUACAAUGAUAUCUGAUGGACAGAGGCCUUUUGAUGUGUUUGCCGAAGAGCUUGGUUCGGCAGAGCUUUUCAUGAAGGAGUCUAAGUUUUUAAUUUAUGGGAAUGGUAAAGAGAAGCCUCCUACUGGCUUCAUGUUUGAGAAGGAGCAGAUGCAUGGGCUGUAUUUCAAUCAAUCUCCUGCAAAGGAUAUUGCUUUGGCAAUGGUUUCAAUGAGAGCAAUUCCUCUUGGUCCAAUAAUGGAGAAGCUAUCAUUGACACCUGAAAAAUAUGGAACAAGUCAUAGAUUUUAUGUCCAGACAUUGGAUGAUCAUGCUCUUUCACCAGAUGUUCAAGAAAAACUUUUGAGGGAAAACCCUCCUGGAGGUGUUUUCAAGAUCAAAGGAAGCGACCAUUGCCCAUUCUUUUCGAAGCCACAGUCGCUGCAUAAGAUUUUGGUUGAGAUUGCUCAGAUUCCAUAGGAAUGUAUGUUCAUAUGAAAAGAAACCAGAUAUAUUUUACU